GCAUGAUCUGAGCAAUUGUGCUGCCAAUGGACUCGAAAAAUGACUUCGACCCAUGAUAUCUCGACCUUAAAGGCGAAGAUUCAGAAACUCGAACAUGAUAUUCCAUUUGCACCUUCGAAGGAUGCCGCACUCGACUCGGCCAUUGCGGCGGCUGAACUGGCCAUGAAGGCGAUGAGGCUAUCGGAAGACUUGGAAACAACAAAGUCCAUGAGAAACAAGAGCGAGUAUUUUAUCAACGAAGCACAACGUAUCAAAUCUAUCGGAGAAUGGAGACCUCGCGUCAGGUUCGAUGUCGCUAAAGUUGCCAAGCUCGUGGAACCAGUAUCACUUCGCAAGCUGCCUACAUCAGAGCAGAUCUUACUUCUCAGAGCCUCUCAACUCAACGGAUUCAAAUUCCCACCCUGGAACAGUACGCCCAAGGACUCCGAUUUUCAGAUCUCGGCAAGUGGAGAUCUUUUCAUUGACAAGCCUGAGUUGCGCCUCUCUACUGCGCAGCUCCAAGUCUUCGAUGGCUGGAAACGAGCAGCUGGGGCUCUUCCACCACCAGCAUGGUACACCGCCGAAGAAAGAAGUAAUGGGCCGACAAUGAGCUCUUCGCGAACCAUUGAUCUCGUUCAAGAUGCUGCCACCGAUUGCUCAGUCGUCGCGAGUCUCUGCGCGUUGGUUGCUCGUGGUGAGAGAGGCCAUGCUAAGAUUCUGGGCUCUAUGAUGUUUCCCUACGACAAUACGGAAGGCCGUCCCAUGAUGUCUCCGAACGGCAAAUACGCACUGAAGCUCAACUUUAACGGAACGUACAGAAGGGUUGAGAUCGAUGAUCGUCUGCCUGUCUCAAAAUCGCCGAGAGUUUUACAUGUCAUUGACCGUCAUAAUCCAAGCCUCCUAUGGCCUGCAUUGAUUGAGAAAGCUUAUCUCAAAGUCAGAGGUAGCUACGAUUUUCCUGGAAGCAAUUCAGGAACCGAUUUGUGGAUUCUUAGUGGAUGGAUUCCAGAACAGAUUUUCCUGCAGAGUGACGAUACCAUCACACAUAACAUCUGGAAGCGUAUUUUCAAGUCACAUCAGUACGGCGAUGUCUUAAUAACCAUGGGCACCGGCAAAAUCUCUAGUCCCACCGAACGUGCGAUUGGCCUCGCAGGAGAGCAUGACUAUGCGGUACUGGAUCUGAGAGAGGUUGAUGGUCAAAAGUUCAUGCUCGUCAAGAACCCUUGGUGUGAAGGAAUGUCUUGGAAAGGAAGCAUCCCCAGAUCUCCCGUUGACAACGAAGAUGAAGAAGACGAGGAAUUACUUCCCUCAUCGCGAGACCUGCUCAAUUCUGAUGACAAGCUGACCCCUGGAACCUUUUGGAUGGAUCUCAACAGUGUGAUGCAGUACUUCGAGUCAAUCUACCUCAAUUGGAACCCCGGACUUUUCCAGCAUCGUCAAGACAUACAUUUCGCAUGGGACCUGUCGGCGUCUUCUACUAGCAGCAAGUACAAAAGCUUCGGCGAUCAUCAGCAGUUCCAGAUGUCUAUCGCGGCUUCGGGCACUGCAUGGCUUCUUCUCAGUCACCAUUUCCGGGACGGGAAGGAAGACGUGCAUCCUUCAGAGUACAUCAGCGUGUAUGUUUUCGACAACCAAGGGGCAAAAGUCUACCUGAGCGACGGAGCCAUCCAACGCGGGCCUUUCGUGGAUUCUCCCCAGACACUCCUUCGACUAGACGACUUGGACGCAAACAAGAGCUACACCGUCGUCCCGGUCGAACAAGAUCUUGCCCCGAUCACGCACACUUUUACGCUUUCUGUAUUUGCAAACUCACGCGUCACUAUCGAUGAAGCUCCCAACAAGUAUCGCUGUCAGAGAACAGUCUCCGCAGCAUGGACCGAGGAGACUGCAGGAGGAAAUGCUCACUCACCAACAUACUCGCAGAAUCCGCAAUUUAGCAUCGUCGUUCCUGUGAGAACGCCUAUCGCAAUUCUUCUCGAGACGGCAACGGAGCACCUGCACGUCCACGUGAAGCUGGUGCAUGGUCGAGGCUCUCGUGUUCAGGCGGUGCGAUCCAAAGAUAUUGUGUUCGACUCAAAGGAUUAUCGUCGUGGAUGUGCUCUGGCGCAGUUUGCCGAACUUGAAGCAGGAACAUACACCAUCAUUUGCUCUACAUUCGAAGCUGGUCAGAAAGGAAACUUCAAGCUGAGAGUAGACAGCAUGGUGGCUACACAACUCGCAAUACUCCCCCGGCAAGGUGCAGGACGAUUGAGACGCGCUUGGGCCAAGGCAGCUUUCGAGGGCCGGCAAAGCGCUCUUGCGGCACCAAUUGAGCCAAAGCGUCUUACCAAACUUGACGUGUUCGUCAAGCAAAUCCAGCAGACUGGUCUACAAGAAAAUGCAAAAUCCGGCCAGGGCAUUGAGAGAAGCAUGAUCCGUGUCACACUCGAAAUCGGUAGAGGGCCUGAAAGGCGGAUUCUUAUCGCCAGUUCCAAUGGUGAGUACAGUGACUCCUCUGCUGGCGUGCGCACAGGGGAGAUUGAUCUUUCUCCACAGGAGAUGGGCAAGGUUUGGCUUGUCAUUGAAAGAAUGUACACGCCCAAGGGUUCGCAGGGGGAGAUGUUUCAAAUCGAGACAUUCACAGACGCGCCCGACACAAUUGAUAUAGGAGUUUGGAGAAGAUGGGAAAUCGAUUGAAGUGUGGUAGCUAGGUAGUGGUGAUACGAACCGCUCGGAGUUUUGUAGCAAACAUGCCGGUGGUUGGCCGUACCGGGCCGAUCCUUCCCCACACGAUUGUCUGUGCGCAAUCAUCAAUGUCCUGCGGGUUGGUGUCUUGGUUGGUGUACAACGAUAUCUUUCGACCUGCGGUGCGUCCC